AUGUUCUUUAUGUUUUUGUUUAUAUAUUCGUGGACUCGACUAAUUAACAGUAAUUAUUAUGAGGUCAAGAAAGAUAAUUUUCAAGAUUCUUCUUCAUUAGCAAUUUGUUGCAAUAAAGGUAGAUUAGGAAAUCAAAUGAGCACCUAUGCUGCAUUACUAGGAUUGUCUGCCUUAAAUAAUCGUACUCCAUACGCACAACAUUGCAAUAUUGUUUAUCUUCAACCUUAUUUUCUCAUAACAGCUAAAGAGAUUUAUAAUCUUCCGAAUGAAACAAGGGAAUACCAAAUAGCUCGAUUCUUACGGUCCGAAGAUUAUCAUAUUCCAAGUGACAAAAAAGUUUUAUGUGGUCACAAAAAUCCAAAUUCGUACACGUUUUAUCACCAUAUUAAAGAGAAAAUUAAAAAAGAGUUUCAAAUUAAGACACAUAUUCUGAAUCAUGUUCAAACGUAUCUCAAAUCUUUGAGAAAACAUCCCACAGCAAUAUUUGUCGGUAUUCACGUCCGACAAACUGAUUAUUAUGUUGUAUUAAAUAAAUAUCAUCGAAAUAAAGUAAACUUACAGUAUUUUAGAGAAGCAAUGGAAUAUUUCCGGAUAAAAUACAAUGAUGUAAUUUUUCUUGUUGUUAGUGAUGACCGAAAAUGGUGUAAGAAAAAUUUAGAUAUAAGCCCAGAUGUGAUAAUAACACCAGCUUCAUCAAAACCUGCCUAUGAUAUGGCUCUUUUGACCCAAUGCAAUCACACAAUAAUAACCUAUGGAUCAUUCGGAUUUUGGAGUGCUUAUUUAGGUAAUGGUGAGACUGUUUACUUUUCCGGAUAUCUGCCAAAAAAUCCAGAAUUCCUAAAAGACAACAUCCCUCUUAAUAAACAAUUUCCACCUGAAUGGAUUGGAUUAGAUGGUAAUCUCUAAUAAUAGCUUUUAUUAGCAUUUAUUAUAGGCUACUAGCUAAUUAUUAAUAAUAAAUAAUAAUGGAAAU